UGUUAAUACUGGUCUUCAUGGCUACAAAUAUAUUGGCUAUAAUCGUCGAACAAAAUUUGAAAGGUAUAUAUCAAAAAAUCAAUAUGUAAUUUUAUUAAUUUGUUUAUUUUUUUUAGAACUUUAUGGGGAAUAACAGUGUUUAUUGCAUUAUCAUGUGCAUGUGUACUUAUGCAUACAGCAUGGGAAUAUAAUUCAUCACGUUCAACACUAACUGUUAUUAAAACAACUCAUCGGGGAAUAUGGAAUUAUCCAUUUCCCGCGGUUACUGUAUGUAAUCUCAACAGAAUAUCAGCAAAAAAAGCCAAACAAUUUAGAAAUAUUCCAAAAAAUAUAACACGUAAUGGUGUUGUUCAACAAUUGAGAUAUCUUUUGGCACUUUUUGAUCCUGGUGUUUUUGAUAACUUGGAUAAUAUUCAUCAUCUUCAAAAUUUAUUGGACAAUAAUAAUGUCACAGUUGUUGAUGUCAUGAGACAGAUAAGCCCAGAUUGUUCAAGAUUAUUAAUUGGUUGUAAAUGGAAAGGAAAUCAAGUUAAUUGUGGAAAAAUAAUUAAACAAAGUUUAUCAAGAGAUGGCUUUUGUUGUAGUUUCAAUUAUACAUCACCUUUUGAUUCAUCUGUGAUUCAAAAACAAAAUUUUGAAAAAGUUACUUCUUGUGGAUAUCAAACUGGAUUAACAAUUGCAAUUAAUCCAGAACCUGAUGAUUAUUUAGCACCAUUAUUAGGCUCUUAUGGAGUUAAAAUUCUUUUACAUUUUCCAUAUAAUUAUCCUGAUUACAAUGCAGUUAGUAAAUUGAUAGGAAUGGGUUAUCAAGUAUUUCUAAGUAUUUCACCAACUGAAAUAUAUUCAACACCAGCUGUUAGAAAGCUAUCAAUAUCAAAUAGAAAAUGUCUUUUUCAUGAUGAAAAUAUAAACAUGCCUGUUAAUUCAUCAAAUAUUGGUAUGGAAUUUUAUCAUUAUUCAUAUAUUAAUUGUAUGACUGCUUGUCGUGCUGAAGCAAUUAUAUCAAAAUGUGGAUGUUUACCAUUUUAUUAUGAACAAAAAAGUACCAGAAUAUGUAAUUUAACAGAUGUCAAAUGCUUGAAGGAAAAUCGAGAUUUUUUUGAUACAUCAUUUCCAGGAUAUGAUUCAAAAAUAAAAGUUACAAAUGAAUUGAUUCAAAAUACUGAUCGACCAUGUAAUUGUCUACCAGAUUGUACACUUUAUCAAUAUGAUAUUGAAGAUUCACAAGGUACUUUAAAGAUGACAAAAUCAUAUGCUGAUGAUCCAUUUUUAAAAGAUUUAAAUAUUACCAGUCAGAGUACUGUUCAUAUAUUUUUUGCUGAUUUAGUGUCACUUCAAUAUUGUCGAAAUGUUUAUUUCGAUUGGCAUAAUUUAUUUGCUUCAUUUGGAGGAUUAUUAGGAUUAUUUGCUGGAUUUAGUUUAAUGUCUGGUUGUGAGUUAAUUUAUUUUUUUAUUAUUCGAAUAACUUCUGACAGUUGUAUUAGAAAUAAAAAUAAACAAUAUUAUUGA